UUGGCAAAGGGUUAAAUGUAUUUUUUUUUUUUUUCACAGAAAACUGGUUCAGGAUUUAUUGAAGACUCUGAUGAGGAUGAUGUGUCCUAUUCUCAGUGUUAUAAGGUGUCACCUUCAACUGCUAUAUUGGAAGUUAUUGGAGCUUGGAAGUCCAUGAUCGCUCCAAUGUUGGACGCAUAUUACUGCACUGCUUGUAACUUGCAAAUGCUGGUUGGCAGACAGGUACCUGAUGUAAAGUUCAUCCAGAAUACACAAAGCUACAUCAACGACUUACUGCAGAAGGGCUCACUGAGAUAUGGGGAGAGUAUAUGUGUGGAUCCCAUCCGUAAUGCUGUCAAGCUUUUUGAGUCCCAGUCGAUCAUAGAAAGUUACACCCAUGACAGCGUUCGGUUGUUGUACCUCAGCACUCACUAUGACUCAGAAGAGCAGCUUAGUUCCCUUUUGCUUGAUAUUGAUAGUUUUAGAUCUUGAAUCUGCUGUGAGAGAAAAAGAAUAUUGUUUGUGUAAAUUGCUCCAUCUUUUACCAGUAAAAAGAACAGCAGUGCAUUUUGAUUGUUACAUUUACAGGGAAUUUUGUUUCUUAAUUAGGAUACUUAGGUGAGGAUUGCAUUUUUUCUAUGUUAAUAUUGAUAAUGAUAAUUGACAUACUGUAAAAUAUUUUCAUAAUUUUUUAUAUAAUUUUGUUUUAUUAUUAUUAUUAUUAUUAUUAUUAUUAUUAUUAUUAUUAUUAUUAUUAUCAUUAUUACUGUUAUUACUGCUACUAAUAUUUCUAUUAUUAUUAUUAAUAAUAAUAAUGUGUUUUUUUUUUUUCUUUUCUUUUCUUUUCUUUUCUUUUCUUUUUUUCUUUUUUUUUUCUUUGAUCUGUUAUGUUCAGUUAGACAUGCUUUUUUUCAAUUUGAUUGUGAUCAGAAUAUCAUGAUCAUAAUUUUCUAAUGAGUUCUAUAUUUUGGUGAAUGAAGUUUAAUCAGGUUUUUGUGUCUGAGUUAUAUACUUGGUACAUUAGCAAUUUUUUCCCUUUCACUUUGUACAUCUGUUCUUGUCUCUUGUCAAUAUAUACAUAUACAUGUGUAAAUGUAAAUUAGUCAACACAUAAAUAUACACACAUACACACGUAAAUAUAUAUACACAAACAAAUUAAUAUAGACUAAAUAUAUAUCCUUUUUCUUUUAUUCUUUCUGUUUCCCAUAUCUAUCUUCAAAGUGUAUUUUUAAAUCUAAAAAUUGGCUUGAUAAAGCAAAACAAACAUGACUGUUGUGUUAUAGAAUAUUUAUGAUAACAUUGAUAGUGAUAACAAUUUUAGUAAGUGAUAUUAUUGAUGACAGUAACAUAAACAAAACCUAAAAUCUAUUUCAAAAUCAGAUAAGCAUGAGAGUGUAUGUAUGUGUACAGACAUCUUUUUAUAUGCAAAGAUUUAUAUUAUUUUUGUUUUUGUUUUGAUGGUUGGUUGGUAAAAAUUGAAUGUCCGGUAAUAUUCCUGUGUGAGAUGUACAUAUUUAUUUUCAUUGGCAGAUAGGAUACAGAGCAGUUCCUUCCUUUUUGUAUUUUUUGUAGUAUUUUUUUCUCUCUCUUUUCUUUUGCAUAAAGGUUUUGUUUAUGUUAGUAGUGUGCCAGACAAAGAAGUUGCAACAAGGUACAUAAUUAAAAGAAAAAAAAAAGAACCAAUAUUAUAUUUAGUAUUUAAAUAUCAUGGAAAGGUUUCUUAAGAUAUCUUGCAAGAAAGAAUUGAAGAGAUGUAAUAUUUAAUAAUGAAAGUCAUCUUAAUUCUAAUCAAAACCAAUUUUAUUUAUUAAUUAUAUAAUUUUGCAGUUUUUGUGUUUGUAAAAAGGUAUGCAUAAAUGCAUACUCUUCUUACACACCUAAAACUGAAGAAUACAAAGAAAAAAAAAGGGAGAGGAAAGUAAUUAACAUCCCUGUACGUAGGACUCAUAAGGUAGUAAGCAUUUUAGGAGAAAAUAAUGGUAACUAGAAAGAUUCAUUUGAAAAUGGUUUGCAAGCAUUCCACAUGGCACUGAUCCUUGUAAGUGUAGAGGAAAAGUGGAUGAUUAAUGUUAACCUCAGGUUCUGCUGUUGGCUAUCGCAUCAUGUUGUAUUUAUUUAUUAUUUCUUUUUUCUAUCUUCAGCUGUGCAAAUAUGGCCUAAAAAUUUGGUUUACUCAGUUAUUUUACUCACAGUUAAUUAUUGUAUAUCAAGAGUGACCUUAUAAACAGAAAAGUUUGGUAUUAAACAGUAAAGGUUAAUCACAGCAUUUUGGCAACAAAUGAGUUAGUCCUAAUGUAAAUACUUGAAAAAAACAGUAAUAGUAUUAUUAUACUUACAUAACACUCUUUGUCUUACAGAGGAAGAUGUUUUUAAAAAUUAGGAGGACUUUCUCAUUAAUGUUGUGAAUCACUUGUAGCUCACAUAUAUUUCAUAUAUGCACAUUUACUGUUGUAAAUAGAUUACUAGAUUUCUAUUUCCAAUAUACAAGUUAAUUAAUUUGGAUCAUAGCAAGUAAUAAGAAUAGACAAGUGUAUUUUCUACAAUAUUGGAAAUCUUUUAACCACUUUAGCAAUCCCCUGCUGAAAUUUACACACUAAAAGGUAGACAAAUUUACUUUUGGUGCCAGUUAUAUAAUAUGGUGGUUGGUUCAUAAUAGGAUAGAGAGCUGUUUAUGUUGAAUAGAUUAUUAUAAAAUCAUGCUCACUUUUUUCUGUUGAAAAUAUUUCCACCAUAGAUUUGAAAACAAAUUUUGUUUAUAGAGGGGCUGAAAUCAGUGUUAAUGUGUAAUAUAUUCAUGAAUAAUGCAGUCUCUAAUUCUAGUCAGUGAACUAUAAGCAGAGAGGACAACAGGAUAUAUUUUGAGGGAUCACUCAGGCUGUGUAGCUGAAGGACCCUCCCCUCUCCUCCCCUACCAUGUCCUGUGUGUUGUAACAUUUCUUUAGUGAUAUAUGCUCCAGCAAACCCACCUUCAGUUGGGAGUUCCUCUCUUGACAUUUUAAGUCUGGCUAUUUAUUUUUAUUCUGUAAUAACUUGUAUGGUGAUAAGUUUAUUGUAAAGGGAUAUAUACUAUCAGAAUAGUUACAAACAUUGGGGAAUUUGAAUAACUGUAUAUUCAGUUAUAAAAACUCACUGUUGUUUUGAUAUGUACAAUAAAUAGGUGAUGUAGUUGCAGACAUUUAGGGACAGUUGCUGAGUUUCCUAUUUAUUUAGUGAAAGUCAUGUAGCUGUUUUAUGUAUGAAACUUCACUUCAGAUCCAAACCUGGAAGUGCAAUCAUGAUGGAAAUAUGCAUGUACAUAGCAUUUCAUAUUUAUUCACUGUUGCUCUUUAGACUCAGUGUAAAAUUCAUUUGUAUUAUGAUUGGUUAUUUUACUUACUCAUGCCAUUGCUAGUUUAAAUUGUAUCAUGUUGCAAGCAUUUGUAAUAAACUGUAAAACAUUC